AUGCGGAUUCUUAGCAAAAGCAUUCACAAGUACUUGUCAGGUUGUAUUUCAAUGAUUGCCGAGAAUGAGGAAGAUAUGUGGCUUAUAUACAACCUUGUUCAAGUUGGUGAUCGGGUUUGCUGUUCUACAGUACGCAAAGUACAAACUGAAAAUGCAACAGGCAGCGUCACCUCCAAAACCGUCCGUACUAACCUCACAAUUGAAAUAGAAACCAUUGACUUCGACACACAUGGUUCAAUUCUUCAUCUCAAAGGCAAGAAUGUUGUGGAGAAUCAGCAUGUAAAAAUGGGUGCGUACCAUACAUUGCAAAUUGGGGUUCAGGAGAAAUUUACUUUGCACAAAGAGGCCUGGGAUACCGUGUCUCUUCUUUUGGUGGACCAGGCAGGCGAUCCAACCCAACAGGCCGAUCUUGCGGCUGUGGUCAUGCAUGAGGGCUUGGCCUAUCUUUGCCUCAUUACCAACAGUACCACUCAUGUUCGAGCUAAGAUUGAAAACACUAUUCCUCGCAAACGAGCUAACAUGCCCACCUCUCCGCAUGAUAAAGCGAUUGCCAAGUUCUUUGAUCAAAUCAUCCAAGCUAUUGAACGUCAUGUUCGCUUUGAUGUUGUCAAAUGUGUGAUAAUAGCCAGUCCGGGCUUUCUAAAGGAUCAUUUUUUCGAGUAUCUUUGCCAACAGGCAUUGCGAGGAGCUGAGGACAAACGUGUGCUUUUGGACAAUAAACGAAAAUUUUUGCUGGUACAUUCUUCUUCAGGCCAUAAGCAUGCGUUGAAAGAAGUUCUUGCUGAUCCUGCGGUGGUGAGCAGAAUUGCUAACACUAAGGCAUUGGGGGAGAUCACUGCACUGAAUGAGUUCUAUCAGAUGCUUAAAGCAGACCCUUCUCGUGCCUUUUAUGGCGUGAAACAUGUUCAAGCAGCUGUCGACGCAUACGCAGUGGAGACGCUCCUCAUCUCUGAUGCUCUGUUCCGCUCCCGGGACCUAAUAGAGCGCAAAAAAUUCGUUGAUAUUGUUGACUCAGUCACUAAGAGCAUGGGGACUGUGCGCAUCUUUUCCAGCCUUAACGUUUCUGGCGAGCAGUUGAACCAACUUUCAGGGAUUGCAGCAGUCCUGCGUUUCCCCGUGGCAGAGCCGCAGUCUGACGAUGAGGAUGACGGGAACGACUCGGAUGAAGGGGAAAUGGUUACUGCCUGA